AUGUCGAUCCUCCAAACCGGCCGCAAGAGCAGUGGUAGCCGUUCCGUCGGACGACAUGGCGCCAAGAAAAACCUGUCCUUGGUCAUGCUGACCUUUCAAAACUCGGCGCUGAUACUCGUCAUGCACUACUCGCGCGUAAUGCCUCCUUCCGGCGACCAUCGUUAUUUUACCUCGACCGCCGUCUUCCUCAACGAGCUCGUCAAGCUCGUCAUCUCCCUGACCCUCGCCAUACUCGAAGCAUCCAAAACACUCGCCCCGAACACGCCCGUGACGACCAUGUUUGAGCAGAUCUACAACGCCGUCUUCUCCGGCGACGGUUGGAAGCUCACCUUCCCAGCAGCAUUGUACACUGUCCAGAACUUGCUGCAGUACGCGGCGGUUGGCAACCUGGACCCUGUACAUUUUCAAGUGCUUUACCAGAUCAAGAUCCUGACUACGGCCAUCUUUAGCGUCUGUCUUCUCCGCCGACAUCUUGGGUGCAAGAGCUGGCUGUCUCUCAUUAUCCUCACCUUCGGCGUCUCGGUCGUCUCCUUUCCGUCGCGAAACUCAGCCCUGGACGACUUACUUUUGCACGGCAUUCCCAAUCACUAUUUCCCCCGAUCCAAACACGAACUCGGCCAGGCUGUCGAUGCAGGAUCACCCGAUGUCCAUUUGACCAAACGAUCGGCCACGUACGAGGGAAUCGCCAACGACCUGCCGUCCCCUGAACCCCUGAUGAACUACUCCGUUGGUGUGACGGCUGCCGUCGUCUCCGCCGUCGUCUCCGGCCUUGCUGCCGUUUACUUCGAGAGGAUCCUCAAGGACAGCCCGACCCAAGCGAGUCUCUGGAUUCGCAACAUCCAACUGAGCUUCUACUCUCUCAUUGCUGCCCUCUUUGGCGGCGUCAUUUGGCAGGACGGGAGUGGGAUUCGUCAGCACGGCUUCUUCGAGGGCUAUAAUUGGAUCGUCUGGGCAGCCGUCCUAUCGCAGGCUGCUGGCGGCUUGAUCUCCAGCCUAGUGAUCCGCGACGCGGACAGCAUCGCUAAAAAUUUUGCCACGAGUAUUAGCAUUGUCCUUAGCUUUGUCGUCAGCGUGUUGGUCUUUGAACUGAAAGUGACCCUGCCGUUUCUCAUUGGCACCUCGCUCGUCCUUUUCGCCACAUACCUCUACAGCGUGCCCGAACAUAGCCUCCAUGCGCCGCCGCUGCUCAUCGCCAACUUCGAGAAGCCCGCUAUCGAACGGAGCCUGACACCCGGGAUCAUGGCUCGGACCAAUAAUCCAGAACUCCUCCAAUCAGACCCUUUCGAUUCCAAGGCCGUCGCCCUUUCGACCAGCCGGCCAAGCAGUCCGAAACUACGAGCCAGGUGA